AUUAGCGCUAAUUGUGUUUUGAAGAUAACCAGCGCUAAACAGAUUUUGAGUUUGAGUUAAUUAGUAUAAAGAAAAUGAAUUUUAAAUGCCACAUUGUUACAAGAUUGCCUAUUAUGUUAAGUAGUCGAUUAAUCACUCUACCUAAAUAUGAAAUAAAAAUGUAUUCUGGAUAUUCAUUCUUUUCCACUCAAUCAUCGUUUGGCCAGAAUAAUGUUAUAGACGACGUACAACUUCGAUCUACAAAUCAAGUAUCUACCACAGAAACAGAUGAUGUUCGCAGAGCUCGUUUAUUAUAUCAAAGUAGAAAGCGUGGAAAUUUGGAAAAUGGAAUUCUGUUAAGUACAUUUGCUGCUAAAUACCUGAAUUCAAUGACUCAUGAACAACUUAUUGCAUAUGAUAGUUUAAUCAAUCUACCAGACAAUGAAUGGGACAUUUACUAUUGGAUUACAAAGACAAAAGAAGCACCAAAAUAUUUUCAAACUGAUGUAUUACAACUUCUUCAAGAACAUUGUCAAAACAAUAAGAACGAACUACGAAAUGAACAGCCUAGUUUAUAUUAAUUAUACUUUGUGCAAAAACCCAGUUGAAUAGAUUUAUUUUUCGCUAGAAAUUUUCAUCUUCUUUUUUUUCUCUCUCACACUUUCUCAGUUCAGUAAGAAUGUUUUGAUCAUGUAAAAUUUUAUUCAGUCCAAAUUGGAUCUAGUUCUUUUUGUUUCACGGAUAUUUGUAUAAAAUGAAUACAUUUUCAACUUCAUUUUCUUUUCUUAUGUAUAUAAAUAUUGUUGAAUCCAUCUGCUUUGCAAAAUCAAUUUUGUAAUAUUUCCCUAUAGGUUAAUGAUUAAUAAUAAAAUUUCUUUAAAAACCGAAAA